AUGUAAAUUUAUAAUAACCUAAAACAACAAUUUUAAGAAACUAAAAGAGGAUUCUCUUUAUCACCUGAAUAAGGAUUAUCAUUAACAUAAAAUAAACCUCCAUUGGUUGAAUCAAGAUCUAUGUGGAAUAAAAAUGUCUAUUUUGUACCUAAAUGGGAAAAGAAACAUAUUAAACAUGUUGAUAGUAAUAAUCAUACUCCAUUUCCUAUUCGAAAUUACAUUAAUUAUGUGUAAUAACAUAGUGAAGGAUUCUCUAAUUAACUCAAUCUUGAUUUUCUCAAACAUAUAAUUAGACAUUUUACUGUUAAUUAAUGGUGGAUAGACUAAACUAAAAAAUUCAAGAGAACUAUACCAAUCAAUAUAUUAUAAAUGUCAUAAAAGAAUUCAAUAGAAUAAUUAAAUUUGUAAAUGUUAAUACAAAAGUCAUUUGAUGAUCUUAACUUUUAUAAUAAAAUUCUAUCCUCUACUAAAUUACCUCCAAUACCACUUCCUUAAAAUUAAUUACAUGAAUAUAAAUCAUCAAUAACAUAUUAAGUUUUAGAUUUAAAUGCAUCUGAGUAAUUCUAAAAUAAAUCAUUGUUUCAAUUAUAAGACAUCUUUAUUAAAAGAAUAUUGUAAUUAUUAUCAGAACGUGGAUUAUAGAGUCUUGGUUAUUAUGAUUACCUUACAUUUAAAAAGAUAAUGGAAGAUUAAAAAUAAGGAAUUUGUGAUGCAUAAACAUUCAUGAAAGUUUUAGAAAUAAAGCGACUAUUUAAUUAAAUAGAUCAUAUAUCUCAAUAAAAUGAAUAAAUCACAAAUUAAUGGAAAUAAGAAGAUUAAAUGAAAUAAGUACAAAAUCCUUAAAAAUUUAGAAGAUGGAAUUAGGAAAAAACUUUGUUUUCUGAUGAAAUCUUAGAUUUAGCAAAUUAUGUUGGAUUAGAUAUCAAUUUAAAAAAAGCUAGAAAAAAUUAUGAAUUAAAUAAAACAGAACAAUAAUUCAAUGAACUCAUAAUUAUUGGAGAUUAAAUAUCAAUGACUGCUUAAAAGAUUAUAUUAGAUACUUAAUCUAAAUUGUCAAAAUUUGAAUAUGAAGUUGUAUAAUCAAUAGAAUAAAUAGAUUAAAUUUAAAGAGAUCCUAUAGAUUAGAAUAUUAAAUCAAAUUCAAUCUAAUAAAUAGAUUAAAUAUAAGAUAAAAAUACUUAAUAUUUUAAUACGGAAUCAUCAAAAAAUAUACAUAAUGUUUAAAUUGUUGAAAGGUUUGAUAAACAACAAUAAAAUCUAUAAGAAUAUUAAAUAUAAAAUAAUAUCGUAAAAUAAACUAAUCCUUAAUAAUUAUCAAUUGAUAGAAUAUAAAUAUAAAAUUAAUAAUUACCUACAAAAUAAAAAAUUAGCUAUAAUACUCCACCAUAAAAAAGAACUCUUAUAAUUCCAGAAAAUAAUAUUAAAUCACAUAAUUCUUAAAAGAAAUAAUAAUAAUAAUAAUAAUAAUAAUAAUAAUAAUAAUAAUAAUAAUAAUAAUAAUAAUAAUAAUAAUAUCGUAAAUUUCAUUAAAGCAGUAAUGAAAGAAAAUAAAGUAUUAUCAGAUUAGAUGAACAACAUAAUAUAAAAUAGAAUAGAAAUCUUUAAUCUCAAUUAUCAUAACAAUCACUAAGAUCUUAUGAAGAUUUUAUUAGACCUAUAGAAGAUUUAUCCUCAACUAAUUUACCAUCUAAUUAAUUACAUAAUUUUCAUACUACAAGUGAAAUUAAUUAAAAUCUAAGUACUCAUUAAAAUAGAUAAUCAUAAAUUAUUACUAGUUACAACAGUAUAAGUCUACAUUAGAAUAGAAAAAAUGUUAACAAAAAUAAUGAUCUUCGUUUAAUGAAGGAAUUUAUAAAAAAGAAUAAGAAGUAUUAAACUGAACUUGAAGAUAAAAUAUUUAAUAGUAGUUAAAAAUAAGAAGGAGAAGUAUUUGAUGAAACAAAAUAUAAUCAAAAUUUCAAUUAAAUUAAUUAGUCUCAAGAUUUAAGUGAUGAUUUGGAUCUACUCCCUUCUCUUACUUAAAGAGAUUAAAAAGCUUAUAAUCCAUAAAUUUAAGAAUCAGAGAUUCUUAAUUCAAUAAUGCCUGAAUCUAUCUCAAAUAAUACUACUGCAAGAACAUUAAGAAAUACUAGUAAUUAUAAUUCUGUUCAUCCUAAAAAAUAGAAAUAUGAACAUUAAGAACAAUUUACAAAUGAUAAACAUGAAUAAUUGUAAACUAUAAAUGAAAUAUAAAGAAAGAUAUCACCAAGUUUGAUUAGAUAAUCUUCAAUCAAAAAUGAUACAAAAUUUACUGAAAAUUAAUAACAAUAAAAACAAUUAAAAGAUUUUCAAGGGGAUAAUAAAGUAUAUAAUUAAUUACAUUCUUAAAUACCAGAAAUAAUUGUACAUCAAGAACCAAAACAUGAUGAAUAAAUAAAUAAUAAUUAUUCUUAAAAUUCUAUUGAUUUACCAUCAUAAAGAACAAAAAACACUUAAGGAAUUAAUGAAAAAUCUAAAAGUUCUCUUAAAUCCUCUAUUAAUUUUUCUGAUAAUAAUAAAUAAAUUAUAAAAGAUCAUUAAAAAGUUGAAUUAAUAAAUAAAUCUUAAGAUAAUUAAUAAGAAAAUAAAAGAAAUAAAAAUAAAUUUGUUAAAUAAGAAGCUUUAGAUGAAUCAAUGGAGGAUGAAUCAGAAUAUGAUUCAGAAGAUUGUGAAGUUGAAUAAUUUAGUAAUUUUCAUAUUAAGAAAUAAAAGAAAAAGAAAAAAGCAAAAGUUUAAUCAUUAUCAACCUCUAAAUUAGAAAGAAUGGAAGAUCAUAGAAGAUAUUUACAAUUUUUGAAAGAAGAACUCAAAGAAAUGUUAGAUAAAAAAGUAAAUUUAAAAGAAAUUAAAGAACAUAUUAAUAUAAUUCUUAGUGAAAUAGGAGGUUUAAGUUUAGAUUAAGAAUUAGAUUAUUACAUAUAAUUAUGUAUAUAUUGAAUAUAUUUAGAUAAAUCAAGAGUUUAAGAAUUGAAUUAAGUAAAUUAAGAAUCUCAUGAAAUUCGAUUUCAAAAUUAAUAACCAGUUUGUGAAUUGAGAUUAAAAAGGGAAAUUAAAGGAUUAAAAUUUGCCAAAGAUUGUGAUAGAAUAACAAAGUUAAAACCUACAGAUAUCGAAGAAAUCAUAGAUACUUAAAGGUAUUUAUUUAUUAUAAAUAUAUUUUUUAGAUUAAUAAAAAUAGAAGAAGAAUUAAAUGAUUAGGAUUUUCCUACAUAUUAAUAUACACCUUAAUAUCGCUAUGAAUCUAGGCAAUCUCCAUUAUAAACUAAUAUUAUAUAAGUUUCAUUGGAUGUUACAAGAAGCCAAACACCAAACAAAAAAAGAAUAUUCAGAACUAAUCCAAGAUUUGAAUCUGAACUUACUACUUAUAAUUAAAGAAAGAAAACACCAAUUAAAAAUAUAAAGAAGUAAAAAUAGUCAAAACAUAUAUAACAUAUUACAAUUAAGAAAGAUCCUCUUAAUGAUAAUUUUCCUUAUCUGAAUAAAUACAAACCAGAAUUAUUGAAAAGUAUCCUAGAGGCUCGUAUUAGUUUAGAAUAAUUGAUUUGA